CCUUGACACCCUUAUCUACAAUGCAGGCGCCAAGAGGAGCAAAUGCCCUAGGGCGGGGUCACUGAAGACCGGUCAGCCGGGCAAAGGCUCCAAGAGAUCCAAGAAGACACCUCCCCUUGCCCCGCUGGUUUCAAGCUCUAUUGCUGCGUCGACUGUCCAGGCCAGUGCCUCCACGACAAUGCCAUCCUCGCAGACCGUCGUCUCUGCGGUUGCACCGACUUCGCUGGUUGGUGCCCCUGCCAUUGUUGAGUCCCAACCUCCUGUGGUGGGCGAAACGUCUUCUGCUCAACUUUCCAGAAGACCUUCUGCUUCUCGAGUUCAGAAGCUAACAAUCUCCACCCAUAUGGACUCGUAUGUGGUGGACAAUGCUGCUGGACCUCACGGAUCUACGCUGAUCUCGGAUGUCAUGUCCCGGAUCGGCCAGAGCUAUGGCAGUUUCGAAGCUCCCCAGUGGCAGUGCUUAACCGGCACCCGAGACCGCACUGUCCUUUACGAGAAGAGUAUCGAGCACACUGCUGCGGCUCUUGCCUUCACUGCCCAGCUCAAUUACGAGCUGAACAACGAGAUCCAUUCGAGCAGGACUCAUGCUCAAGAGGCGAAGGACCUCCACCUUAGAGCGAAUGACGAUCUGAAGGCGGCGAAUGCUAAGCUCGAGGCAGUGGUUAAGGAGCGUGAGGACAUGGCCAAGGAGCUCGGAAAGCUGAGAGCUGAACUCGAGGAGCAAAAGAAAGAUAAUACCCAGCUUUGGGAGACCAAUAAGAAGCUCGAAGAGGACAAGGCCGCCACCUUGGACAUCAUAGAGGAUGCCAAAACUCGCCUUCUUGUCGAGUACAAAGAAAAGAAGGAAAAGGCGGUCGACUUAGCUAUGUACCGGAUGUGGGCUUAUAAUGAAGAUCUGGACAUCAGUUUCUUAGGUCCCCAUGAGGCGCCGCUUCUUGAACGAUGGAAUGCUCGGCUCGAGAAGGAAGAGGUUGAACAACUCGAGAAGGAGAAGGCUGCUCCGGACACCGUUUCGGAGGGAGCUCAAGAGGAUAGUCAUGCUAUUCGUCCUGGGGGGUCCGGUGCCACCGACGCUGAGAAGGCCAAGGAGACUCCUCUUCCUUGAAUCUGACCUCGGGGAGAUCAGUUAUCGGGGCUGUGUCCCCUUAUUUCUGUAAUUAUUUUAAUAUAUGCCCACGGGGCUGAUACUAUUUCUUUUACCAUUCUUUUAUAUGCUUUACAUUUCUUGGCUCGAAAUAUUUUGCAUAUUUUUAUAUUGAUGAACCGGUUAUGUUUAUUUAAUUCAUACAAACAUAGUUUGGAUUUAGGCUCGAAAUUCGAUGCAUUCAUGCAUAGUC